AUGCGUGCAGUGCCUCUUGCUAGAAGCAAUUCCCAGGUCCAUCUUCCCACCCUGACCAAACUAAACUUUCAAUCCAGGAAAAACCAGUUUUUCUACAACAACAACAAUAACAACAAACUUACACUGCCUAGACAAACAACCGUAAAUCACAACAACAAUAAUAUUACGAAGAUUGAGUUGACCGGAGCUGAGUCUGCAACUGAGAUGAAACCACGAGGGUUGGGUCGGAGCAACUCACAGCUUCCAACCCUACCAACUGUUCAGAAGAAAAUGUCAUUUUUAAGGAGGUUGGGCUCCAGGGCAGGGAUGUUCAAGGAGGCCAGGUUUAGUGUAGUGCAGGACGGAGGACGGAGGUUAAUGGUAGAGGACGGGGACAAAGGACGAAGCCUGCUACUUGAGGACGGGAAAGGAGGACGUCCUCCUCCACCCUUCCCUCCACCUGGGAGAGAAGGGAGGAUACUACCCUCAGUACAUAUUCAG